CACAGUACAAGAAAGAUAUCACAUCAGUCAAUUGUUCGAUUACAUUGUGUAUAACUGAACAAACAUUGUAAAAUUGAAGCUUUUUUACAUAAAACAAGAAGUUAGGUUUUUUCUACAUAUACACAUUUCUAUAUUUGCAGUCAGAAAAUGAAGGGAGAAGUUCACAGUCAUUUAGAAAAGAGCAUUCGUCCAUACAUUGAUCUGAUCGACACUCUGCGGACAGUUGGCAUUCAUAAGGACUUGGGUUUACCAACUAUUGCAGUGAUUGGAGACCAGAGUUCUGGAAAAAGCUCUGUGUUGGAAGCGCUGUCUGGAGUUGCGUUACCAAGAGGAAGUGGAAUUGUCACCAGAUGUCCACUAGAGUUGAGGCUGAAGAAGGUAACAGGAGUCAACUGGAAGGCUGUUUUAACUUACAAUAAGAAAACAAAUAAAUCUGUGAAAUCUGCAGGUAUUAAACCCAGCAAACUGGCAGGUGAAACAACUUACAAUGAGGAGAAAAUUGAAUUUGCAGAUCCUUCAUUAGUUGAAAAACAUGUGGCAGCAGCCCAGAAUGAGCUGGCAGGAAAAGGGGUAGGAAUAUCUGAUGAGCUCAUCACUUUAGAGAUCAUGUCACCAGAUGUGUGUGACCUCACUCUGAUCGAUCUACCUGGAAUCGCUCGAGUCCCAGUAGAAGGACAACCAGAGGAUAUUGGAAAACAGAUAAAACGUCUGAUCAAGAAAUAUAUUAUAAAACAUGAGACUGUAAACCUGGUUGUGGUCCCUUGUAACAUUGACAUUGCAACAACAGAAGCCUUACAAAUGGCACAGGAAGUAGAUCCUGAUGGCAUAAGAACUAUUGCCAUUUUGACCAAGCCAGACCUCAUUGACAAGGGAACUGAGAAGAGCAUUCUGUCCAUUGUCCACAACCAAGUGAUUCCUCUUCGCAAAGGUUACAUCAUGGUGAAGUGUAGAGGACAACAGCAGAUCAAUGAUGAAAUUCCUCUCGAGGAAGCGGCACAAAUAGAGAGAGAUUUCUUCCAAAACCAUGACUAUUUCAGAUGCAUCUUGGAAGACAAUAAAGCAACUGUUAAAUGUCUUGCCGUCAAACUGACUCAGGAUCUUGUUGAUCACAUCAAAAAAUCACUACCGCAGCUCCAUGAAGAUAUAAAAACACAGUUAUGGAGUGUGAAGAGAGACCUUAAGGACUGUGAGGCUGGACCACCAGAAGACACUGAGGGAGCCAAGGAAUUCCUCAUUAAAACCUUAAACAGAUUCAACGAGCAAAUCAAAUCCCUAUUAUCAGGAGAGCUGAUGACUGAGAAAACUUUGUUUGCCCAGCUCCGUGCUGAAUUCAAAAAAUGGAAUGAUUAUCUUAACAGUACAAAGAGUACUUUCAACAAUACAAAUGAGUUGAGCCAGAAAAACAGAGGGAGGGAACUGCCUGGCUUCAGCAACUACAGAUUGUUUGAGAAGAUUCUGCAGGACCAUGUGGCAGAACUUAAAGAGCCGGCCAUUGAUUUACUCAAUGCCAUAAAAGACAUUGUCAUCAAGCAAUUCAGUGAUGUGGUGAAUGAGUGUUUCCAGAACUAUCAUGUACUUCAAAACACUAUUAAGGACAAACUCAACCACAUUCAGUUAACCCAACUAGAAAAGGCUGAGCAGAGAAUCUCAGAGCAGUUUAAAAUGGAAAAUAGGAUCUACACUCAAGAUCCCAUCUUUCUGAAGAUCUUGACAGAGGUUACAAACAAGGCUUUUUCAACAAAGGAGUUACCUGUCUUUGACAAACCAUGUAGUUACAGUCAUAUGCUGGAGGCAUAUUACGAGAUUGUGGUGCAGAGGAUGGCUGACCAACUGCCCUUGAUGGUCAGCUUUUACAUGUUGCAGGAGACUGCUCAGCUCUUGUCUACUGACAUAAUGAAAUUAUUGGAAAAGCCAGAUGUGCAUGAGCUCCUGUCUGAAAAUUCUGAUGUCAGCAGAAGACGCAAAGAACUAAGAGAUCGUCGGAAUCGCUUGACUGCUGCUGCAGAAGCAAUUACCAAUUUUUUUAAUGACUAGAGGAUAUAUCUGGAAAUACACAUCUAAUGUGUUACAUCUAAUGAAAUUCUUUCUACAGACAACUGUGUUUGACUAGUUUGGACAACAUUUGGUGUAAUUUUGUGGGUCUGACAAGGGUUUUUAUGUCAUUUCAAGAAAAUAGGAUUUUUUAGUAGAGACUCAAAAUGUUUUGUAAACUGGAAAAUAUGCAUUUGCAAUUUUUAAAGUGUGGUUUUGAGCUCAAAAUCCACAUACAGAGUGCUUCUGCAUUCAUGCAUUGAUAAACACACAUGCACACACACAGACACAUUUUCCUUCAGAAUGUAUAUUUUCACUGACUUUUAUAUUUAAAUGUUACUAUGCACAGAGCUGGGUUGAUUACUUACUAAUUGUAAUACCGUACUGAUUCCAAAUUACAUGACAUUGUAAUCACUGUAAAAAAAAAUCACCUGUUUCAACUUGAAAACUUAAGUUCAGUUGCUGCCUUAAAUUUUUAAGUUAAACCAACUUAAAAGUAUAAGUAAUUUCAACUAACAAGGUAAAUCAACUUAAAAGUACAAGUCAUUUCAAGUCACUACAAUAGAUUACAUUACACAUACAUUACUCCAUUACAUUACACAUUUUAGGUAAUAUAUUCAGACUACUUUCUGAUAACUUUUGAUCUAACUUGUUUAUCACAUUAAUUUAAAUAGGAUAAUAUUGUACCAUGUUGAUGUAAAAAUACAAAGAAAAAGAAAAUGUAUUCCAUUCAUUGUUAUUAUCAACAUGAAGUGCAUUACAUUGUCAAGUUUUCUCAAACUGGGGUUUGUGAAGGAACUGCAGGGGGUUUGUGAUUUUAAAGAAAAACAAGUAAUUAAAUCAUAAAAAUGUACAAUUAAAGUAAAUCAGUUUAAAAUAACUUCAGUCAUAAUAAAACACUGUUUUUACCUGUACGUCAUGUGACUAAUAACCAACGUCAGAAAACUGUGAAAAUGCGUAUGUGAUGAUUAUUAAAAUAUUUAUUUUUAAUUCUUAUGGGUAAAACUAUAUUGGGCAAAAAAUGUUAAGAAAUAAUGGGAAUUAUUUCCAAAGACAUAGUACAUGAUUAAAUAACCUUCUGAGUGAUAAUUCAAAUAAAAAUUAAUGUAUUCAUCAGAAGUUCAUAUAAUAUUGAACAAAAAAUAAACACUUGAUGAAAAACACAAA